GGAUUCUCAGGAUUCAUCAGAUAGCAUAGGCUCUUCGCAGAAGACCCGAGGUAUCUUAGCACGGCGACCGUCUUACCGUUCCGCACACAAAAAAGUCAGAGUGAAAAAAGAAUGGUCAACAAUUCUCACUCAAAGAACACUUUAUGGGAAAAUACUAGUUGUGCACAUAAUUUAGGUGGAAGCGAUACAUAGCAGUGAGAGCAUGGGAUUGGAAGUCAAGAAUUCUGCUUUCCUGUUGGACGGCCGCUAACUCGUUAUGUGACCUUGGACAAGAUGUAUAAACUCUCUGUGCCUCCAUUUCUUCUUCUGUUAAAUGGGGAGCUAUUAUUCUCGUAGGGUAUUGUGAGCUAUAUAGUGCACUAGGCGUUUGAAGAGCUGUACAAGAGUUAAGUAUUUUUAUUAAAGAGUUUUGAGAUCCUUGGAUGAAAUGCACUAUAUAAGUGAAAAGUAUUAUUUUGUAUCACAGAGCAAAAAAACUUAACUAAUGAAUUAAAAAAAAAUUCCUAAAGCAUCCCACUUGUUUCCACUUUAUUCGAACAAUAACAAAAAUUGACAAAUUGAUUUUGAUUAGAGUUAGAGAGAGAGACAUAAAUCCACAGUUAUUGUGUGAAUCAGAGCAUGAGGUUUUAAACUAGGGAGAACACUAACAGGCAAGUUAUAAACCCCUGGAAAAUAUUUAUGAUGGAAACUCUGAUGCACCCGUUACUGAAGUGAUGCAGCUGUACUGCUAGAAACAAUACAGAAAAUCUGACAUAUGCACAAGUGCGUUUUAUUUUGUCAAGGCUGAUUGGAAAGAAAAAAAUUGCUUGAACUACUUUAAAACAUCUAUGUAUGGGUUUCCAGCACAAUGUUUUACUACAGGUUAUUACAAUGUAUUGUAAGUUAUGAAAAUUGUCACUACAGAGGGCUUAUUUCUAAAAUAUUUAAGGUUUUUAGAAGACAGUGAUUGAAAAUCUUACAUUGCACUUGCAUAUACAAGUGGUUUAAUACUGAAUUACUCUUUGACUGUAAGUAAAGUGGUUCAGAUUUUUGAAUGAGGAACAAGAAAUAAGAAACUCUUGACUACAGAAAUACGAUUACUUGAAGAAGUUUAGAGAGAAGAAUUCCUAUAUGCAAUUUUUAUUUCAAACUUUGCCUGCUUAUUUACAGUAUUUAUUACAAAAGCAUGAUAGUACUAUUGAUAAUAUAUUUUAUAUUUUGUUGACUAUAUCUGCUAAGAAUUAUUGAGAACAUAUGUUUAGUAGAUAUUGGCUUCUCUUAAAGUAAGCAUCAGGAUUUCUUGAUCCCAGAAUUAUAUUGUCUGAAGCGAAGCCAAUAAUUACCCUGAACCACAACAAAUUUUGAUAUUUAUUUAAAUAUUAAGUCAAUAUGUGUUUGGUUAAAUAUGGUCACCAAAAUGCCUAGAAAUCUCUUAAUUAAGGGCAUGAAUUUUUUAAAAAGUUAGACAAGCAGAAAAGUAGCUAUUAAUGUUUGAUGAUUCAGUCAGGAAGCAGAGAUGAGUACAUGCUUUCUGAUUGGCUCUUCCAGGGUAAACAAUAUUAGUUUUGACGAACACAGCUGCAGCCAGUAAAGAUGUAUAUAUUUGGGUCACACUUAAUAUUAAGGUUCCAUUUAUAAAGGGCUAAUAAAUUAUUUAUAGAUAUUAUAAGCUUGUUACAUACAUGAGUGUUGUGUGUUCUAGAUCGUUAUAAGCAACCUGUUGAUCUGUCAGACUCUAUAGCAAUCUAUAACAAUUGAUUAGCCAUUAAAAAAAUCUUAAUUUAUUAAUCCUUUAUAAGAUAUUAUAAAUGGAAUCCAAUGUGACCGCUAUUUGCAUAUGCAGUCCAAUUGGUUAACAUUGCUCCAGACUUCCGUAUUGUUUACCUCUGAGGAGGUCAUGUUAUGUAAAUAUAUAAGCAAAUUACCUCUGAGGUGGUAACAAUACAAAUUUACUGACUUGUCACAUGACUUUUUUUCAGCCAACCACAAGCUAGGAUUUGUCUUUUGUAUGUAACAAUGUGUGUAAUGCUAUUAAAGAUUAUCAGCUAUGUAUGUUAGCAGCAUGUUUCUAUAACUAUGUUGGUUUUAGGUGCUUUAUCUCUGUUAUAUUUGUAGUUUGAUCAAUUUAAAAAUUGUCACCGGUGGAGAAAUAUUUGCCAGCAAAACUUGCCUGCAACAUUGUUAAAAUUUGUACUCAGAGUAAUUGCCUACCAGUUUGCCAUCUUUUGCUUUCACAAGCGCUAAUGAAGAAAAAAUUUUUCCAUAGAAAAAUCUUGAAAGAUCUUUCGUCCGAAGACGCACGAGAUAGAAAAGGAGAUGAUGAAAGUCCUGGUGUCUCUACUGUCACCUCUAUGUCUGUUCCCACACCUAUCUACCAGACCAGCACUGGACAGUACAUUACUAUUGCCCCAAACGGAGCACUGCAGCUGGCCAGUUCAGGUACAGAUGGUGUGCAGGGUCUGCAGACAUUAACAAUGACAAAUGCUGGUGGCACUCAGCCUGGGACAACAAUACUGCAGUAUGCACAAACAUCUGAUGGGCAGCAGAUACUUGUGCCCAGCAACCAGGUGGUAGUGCAGACUGCAUCAGGAGAUAUGCAGACAUAUCAGAUCCGCACGACACCAACAACCACUUCCCUCCCACAGACUGUAGUGAUGACAUCUCCUGUCACCCUUACGUCUCAGACAACCAAGACAGAUGAUCCACAGUUGAAACGAGAAAUAAGGCUCAUGAAGAACAGGGAAGCUGCUCGAGAAUGCCGUAGAAAGAAGAAAGAAUAUGUUAAAUGUCUGGAAAAUCGAGUUGCGGUCCUGGAAAAUCAAAACAAAACUCUAAUUGAAGAGCUAAAAACUUUGAAAGAUCUUUACUGCCAUAAAAAUGUGUAAGAAAAGGAGACACAACUUUUUGUGGACUGUCUAAAUUUCCAUGGGGAAUUUUUUUAUACCGAAUUUUUUAAAAUUAAAUGAAAGGUCAAAAAUGAAACUUUUCUACCUAGAUUUCACAACUUAAAGACUAUAAAGAUUUUAUUUACAACAUGUUAGUGACAAACUACAAAAAGGAAACAAGAAAACCUCAACAAAACUGCUGGCAGAACUGGAAACAUCAUUCAAAUCAAGGUUACAUCGGCAAUAAAAGGACAUGCACAUUUUAUCAGACAAGUGAUUUGAAUUUCCUGAACUACAAAUUAAUUUGGUAACAGCAGUAAUAUUUUAUUACAGUUAAAAUGUGGAUGAGAUGGAAUCCUUGCCAUUAGUUGAAAAUUAUUAGCAACAUAUAUAACCAGUAUAGGUUUUAAUUUCUUUUGUUUUAUGAUCCUUAUCUUUUCUUUUGGUUAUUUGUAUGUAAAUAUUUUUAUUUCAACCUGUAAAUUCUAACUUACAGGUGUAGAAGAUAAAGAGAAGCUAAUACUUUGCUAAAAGUAUAAAUUAUGUUUACU